AGAGUUAAGAUGGAAUUACAUCAUUCAAUACCAGGAGUAGUAACAAAGAGAUAUAUUUCAGAGACAAAGGGAAGAGGAGUAUUCACUGAAAAGUCAUUCUCGAGUGGAGAGGUUAUAUUUUCAGAGGCACCUUUGUUCUCGGUGCAACACGUCUACAAUAGAACGACCGCAUGGACAUGUGCUCAUUGUUUUAGAUUCUUGGGAUCGCUCAACAAACAACUCAACCAUUACAGACGUGUGUUUAAGCUCGUCGGGGACAAGGCCGGCGACUUUAUCGAGACCGAUCAGAACCCAUACGACUACUCGACUGGCGUAGUGAGCUGUUUUGCCAAGUGCGGUGAAAAGUACUGUUCGGAGCAAUGCAGAGAGACGGCAUUCAACCGUCACCACCAGUUGUUGUGCGUGGGUGGCGAUUCCGAUGAAUCGAGUCCCCUCUACAAGUUCAAGUUGCAUGCCAUCGACUCGAACGAACUCUUCUUUUUGGGUGGUCAGAUUAUCGCAUCGCUCGUGUCGCGUGUGAUGACUGCCAACGACCCCAAUCUCGCAUCUGUCAUUUGUCAAGAGUUUCUCAAGCAAUACUGUCACCGUGCAUGGUGGGAGGUGCGUAUUGACGACAACUUUACAGAGCAAGAGGCACGUACUUGGUCGGCCGAAUCACUCGACCUGCUCAGAAAGUAUCUCUACCCCAUCCUCACAUCGCACCCCCUCACCAACAACCAAACAUUCAUCGAGACCCUCCUCUCGAUGGAAUUCUACUCACAUAUCCUCGGCAUGCUCGAGAUGAACGACAACUCGAUCGGAUUCUCUCAUCCACUCGAAAAGUUCCGUCGCCAUAUCGACGAUACCAACAAGCCCGUCCCCGAGCAAUUCCGUGCACACAGUCAAAACGCAAUGAAAAAGGUAGUCGAAGCAUUACGUCAAUACCACGCUGAAAAUGAAGAUGAUUGCGAUGAUGAAGAAUGUAAUCAUCAAGAUCAUGAUAUGGCCGAUGGAAAUGGACAUGCUCAUGGACACGCUCAUGGUCACGGUCAUGGACACUCAGGAAUGGAUACUGAAGAAGAGGAAGAAAUGAGAGAGAUGGAAUCUGAACAAAAGAUGAAUGAUAUGGAGGAUGACGACGACGAAGACUAUGAUGUAUUCCCAUCGUUUGAUGGAUUUGGUAUGUUUGGUCUACAAGCAAUGAUCAAUCAUUCCUGUGAACCAAACUGUCUUGUUGUGUUUGACAAUGGCUCGAAUUUCGCACACAUCAAAGCAUUGCGCGAUAUCCAAGCAGGCGAAGAGCUUUACCAUUCAUACAUUGACGAAAAUACCCCAUUCGAAGAAAGAGAGCAAGAGUUGAUCACUUAUGGUUUCAAAUGUAUUUGCAGAAAAUGUGUUUCAGAGAGACCAAUCACGAAUAAUAAUAAUACAACACAACAAUAA